CACUCCCCACUUCUCUUCUACAAUGCUAGCGUAGGCGCCCAAAGGGCCGCAGAGAGUCGUCUCUCCGCGGCCCUGACCCACCCGGCACUUCUGCACUCGGCAUUCUGUCGGCUUGUAGCACCUCGCCUUCUCCAGUCCUACCAAUCGCACAACACAUCAUUUGGGCAAGCAAAUGAUCUUACAUCCUGAUUCCAUCGGCGUGAGAGCCUCUUUCGAAGCCGCUCUACCAGGCACCGUCAACGAAAUCGCAUAUCCAUUCCUGCUGCUCCUCCUGCCCGGUCACCUCUCCCUCUCCGCCCUUCUUAUACUCUCCGCAUUCACUGGCCGCAACGGCGACGUCCCUCUCGCUUCUCCACUGGACCUUCGCUCGGGGCCCGCAUACCCACCACCUGACCGCUCCCCUGACUCCGACUAGUCGUUCAACAUGGGUGACGUCCCCGCUCAUCUCCUCGAGCUGCCGCUCCAUCUCGGCACGAUGUCCUUUGGCGCCAUCGUCAUGGGCAUGGCCGGCCACGACAUCCGCCUCUUUCACAUGAUCCGCCAUAACCUCGCUGGUUCUUCCAUCGGCGGGCAGUUCAGCCUUGAGGACAAUGGGUUAGGUCGGGUCGAUUUCGCUGCGCUCGUCAUCGGUGCCAUCACGUUCGUAUGGGGGAUCAUUUGCAUCCGCCUGUGCGUUGGGCAGUUUAAAGGCCGGCGCGGCAACUACACGGGCGAGGGCACAAAAGCCUGGCUUCCUGUCACCUUAAUCUACCUCAUCAUCCUCGGCGCCUGGACCGGUAUCACCUCUGCCUACACGGCGUACGCCAACACGCGCCGAUGGUCGCUGAGCCCCGGUCCCGCGUACAGCACGCCUUUCAGUGAAGGUGUCCAGUACGCGCUGUACCAGAUCGCGCAGAGUUUCUACUCGAGCUCGGCGGCCUCAUUCUAUAUUCCUGACGGCGGCUUCGCCGCCCUCGGCAUCCAGGCGGACACCAUCAGCCCUUGGAACUCAGCGACGACGGCCGAGCAAGCCAACGCGCUUGUCAACAAGUACCUUCGCAACGGAAACUUCUACCGCGCCCUCGUCAUCGUUCUCUGGCUCACUCUCGCUACCGUUUUUACCGCGACCGUUGUCCACUUCUUCAUGCCCAUCGUGCUCAAGUACUUCGGACUCACCCGCGAGGACAAGCGCAAGAAGGAAAUGCGCGGGCUCGAGUCUCGCGACUACGCUUGAAAGUGGGCCCAUCAGCUGCUCCUGCUCGAUUGCUUUGCUCGCGACUUGAUGAUAUCCGCUCGACGCACACACGCCACACGCACAUACAUAGUCCAACCUCCCAAUCUGAUACAAAGCCACUCAGUCACCACCCCACCCGCUCACACAUACACUUUCGCUUUGCCUCACACAUCCUUAUCAGUACUGUUUUCUCCAGACACCUUUCCAGCUUCGCCUUUUCUAUGUAUUAUCAUUAUCGCCUGCCUGCCCGUGUUCCUGUGUCAAAUUUCGAAGAAUCUAGUCCACCUAGCUAGGGUACAGGCUUUCUACUAUUUUGCACACAGUAUAUAUCCCAACUGCUCAGAUAU